CUUCCUUGACCAACACGCGGUUUAUUAUGGUCUAGUUCGACCAUAAGAACAUAUUAUUUUAAAGAGAGAAAAAAACAGUAUAAAGUUAUAUAGAAUUAUGUAAUUUUUUAGUAACUAGGUAUUGUUUAAAUAUUUGUGAUUUUUUUAAAUUUAAAGUGAUGUUAUAAACUUCGGUGAUGGUUGAAGAAAGUGAGAAAACUACCAUUAACAAUAACAACAAUAAUAUAAGUAUAAUAAAUAAGGAUUACAAGAUGACUGCAAUGUCAACUAGUCAGAACAUCUUGAUCAGGCUGUCUAUUAUAUUGGGGAUGUCAGCAGCAGUGGUGACUAUAUUGUAUCUGACUCCAAUGCCUGAUCAAAAUUUCAAGAGCUGUGAUAGACCAUGCCAUGAACUCGACUGGCCAAUGAUAUGCCGAGUUAAACUUAACAUAGAAAUGUACCAUACAGACAACCAUAUCUGUCAAGGAUGUAGGAAAAACGUCAGUGGCACACACUCACAGUGCAGUAACAUCUUCUGUCAACUGAACGAAGAAAGCAGUCCAAGAAGCAUUAUCACAGCCAAUAGGAGGAUUCCAGGUCCUCCAAUACAAGUAUGUCAAAAUGACAUUUUGAUUGUGGACGUCAUCAAUAAAAUUCCUGGAAAAAGUGUGACGUUGCAUUGGAGGGGUCAACCCAAUCAUGAGGCACCGUUUAUGGAUGGAGUUCCUAUGGUAACGCAAUGUCCGAUCCCUAGUCACACAGUGUUCCAGUACAAAUUCAGAGCAUCCUAUGCUGGUACACACUUUUAUCAUGCUUUUACGGAUGCUGAUAGAUCAAAUGGAUUGUUUGGAGCUUUGAUUGUACGAAAAGCUGAAAGGGUAGAGCCUCACAAGAAACUGUAUGAUGUUGAUUUGAAGGAGCAUGUUGUCAUGAUUUCAGAAUGGUCAGGUGAUUUCUCCCACCCAUCCCACACAGAUCCCACCCAAAGCACCACCCUACUCAUCAACGGCAAGGCACCCAGCGAAAGGGGUUCCAGUCUAGCCCUUUUCAACAUCCAUCCAGGCAAAAGACAUCGAUUCAGAGCUGCCUACGUCAGCGGAACUGCCGGAUGCCCGGUUACGCUGACCAUAGACGAACAUCCGGUCAAGGUUAUUGCCUUGGAUGGUAAUCCGAUAACACCCCACGAAGUUACCGGAGUGAAACUGUCAAAGGGUGAGAGGGUUGAUUUUGUUUUGAAGGCUGGAUUGAGUAAAGGGGCGUAUUACAUGAACGUCAAAUCUACCUGUCAAGAAACUGAUCUCCAUGGAUUAGCAGUUGUAAACUACAAGUCUCCAGAAGCUAGUUUUGAAACUGACAACAAAAUUGAUAACGCAGCUCCAAAAAACGUCGAAAAAACUUCUAGACACUUCGACACGUCACUGUGCGAGUCCGAAGUAGGUAAAGUGUGCCUGGCAAAUGUCAAAUCUCUGCAGAAGAUGCCGGAAGAACUGAGAAAAGAAGAGGUGGACAGGAAGAUAUUUUUGGAGAUCGAUUACAAGUACGAUGGUAAAGGAUCAAACAACGAUGGAUUUACUGACUUAAGACCGAAGACUUACAGGAUAAAUAACCUCACUUUUGCUUAUCCCUCCUCACCUUUACUCACACAACCCAUGGACGUACCAUCAAGUUUAAUUUGUAAUGAAGUUUUGGUACCGGGUACAUGCAAAGAUGAUGCUUCCAUAUGCGAAUGCGUUCAUCUGGAAGACAUUCCUCUGGGACAAAGCGUGGAAGUUAUCAUAAUAGAUAAAGCCGGAGAUGAGGACGAGCAUGUUUUCCAUUUUCAUGGAAAUCAUUUCUAUAUCGUCGGGUCCAGGCAGUUUGACAGACCGAUGUCCAGACAAGAAAUAGUGGAUCUGGACGAAGAAAAUGACUUGGUGAAAAGAAAUUUACGGAAUCCAGUGAAGAAAGAUACUAUCAGAGUGCCCAAAUACGGUGUCGUCGUACUGAGAUUCCUGGCAGAUAAUCCAGGAAUAUGGAUGUUAAGGGAUGAGAAACCCAGAGGUUGGACAAAAGGUCUGGAUAUGGUCUUCGAAGUGGGAGAUAGACAUGAAAUGGUUAGUACGCCUUCGAAUUUUCCAACCUGUGGAAACUACAUUGGUCCAGAAUUCUUCUUGUUGUAAAAUUUCUAUAACAAAAAGCAUGAAAUUGAAUUUUGUUUAAAUAUUAUGAAUAUGAAAUUAAUUCUGUUGUUGAGAAAUUGUUAAAGCUUGUGAUAUUGUUAAAAAUAUCUGAAUUGUUGUAUAAAAUUUGUAAAUAUAGACUGUACAUACCUGUGUUAUCUUAG